AUGUCUGGUGAUAUAGAGAAAGCCCCGGACAGGGUCUCCGUUGACUAUAUCAACGAUACAACAAAGCAGAACUAUGACAUCGAUGUCGACGAGAUUUACACAUACGCGGAGCAGAGGAAAAUAGUCCACCGUGUCGACCGCCGGCUCGUGACUAUGUGUGGCCUGGGCUACUGCAUCAGCUUGAUGGAUCGGACGAACUUGUCAGUUGCAGCCGUCGCCGGAAUGAACGUAGAACUUGACUUGAAUAUUGGCUUUCGAUACUCCCUUGUCGCUCUGGUCUUCUUCACCACGUAUAUUGUUUUUCAGCCUCCAAUGACAGCGGUUAUUCGCAAGAUCGGGCCAAGGAACUUCAUUAGUUUUAUUGUGUUCACAUGGGGAAUAUGUUUGAUUGGUUUUGGUUUGUGCAAGAAUUGGGAACAACUUACAGCCCUCAGAGCACUUCUGGGAGUCCUGGAAGCCGGCUUUUUCCCGGGUAGCGUGUAUCUUCUGUCGACUUGGUACUCGAGAUAUGAAGUUCAGAAGCGGUAUUCGAUUUUCUACCUGAUCGGUUGCGUGGCUGCCGCACUUUCAGGUAUCCUCGCGUUUGGAUUCAGCCAGAUGGCUGGUAUUCAAGGAAUGGGUGGCUGGAGAUGGAUUUUUAUUUUGCAAGGUCUUUUAACCAUUGCUGUUGCUAUUCUCAUUUUUAUAUUCAUCGUCGACUUUCCCGACAAGGCUCAUAAAGCCUGGAAAUUCCUGACCCAGGACGAAUGUGCCUUCAUCAUUCGGCGAUUGAACAAGGACAGAGGUGAUGCCGAUGUUGAACCAUUUACCCUUAAAAGAUUCCUCCGUCCUGCGCUGGACUUGAAAAUCUGGGGCUUCGGCAUGAUAUUUUUGUAUGCAUUCUGCGAGUCAUUCUUUUUGUCUUUUCUGAAUAGACCGCUUGUUACUAACCGAAAGCCCGACUGCAGCUGCCUGACCACAGUCACCUACGCCAUCGCCUAUUUCCUUCCCAUCAUCCUCCACAACAACAUGGGCUUUGGUGUUGGCGCAUCCCAGUGCCUCGUCGCACCGCCGUAUGUCCUGGCGGGAAUUCUCAUGUUCUCAACCUCCUGGGUGGCAGACAAAUAUAAAAUGCGAGCGCCUGUUCUCGUUUUCAACAGUCUCGUUUCCAUAAUCGGGUUACCAAUCAUGGGAUUUGCAGAAGGCAAUGCCGUGCGUUAUUUUGGAGUGUUCCUGACGACCGCGGGUGUCAAUGCCAACAUUCCAUGUUCUCUCGCGUACCAGGCCAAUAACAUUCGUGGUCAGUGGACGAGAGCGCUAGCUAGUUCCACACUUGUAGCGAUGGGCGGGAUUGGAGGUAUCGCAGGUAGUUUGGUAUUCAGGUCGCAGGAUGCGCCCCAAUACAUCCCCGGUAUUUAUGCAGCCAUCGCCUGUCAACUUCUUCUCCUUAUUAUUGUUGCCAUGUUGAGCUUUUAUUUCUGGAGGUGCAAUAAGAAAGCAGACCGUGGAGAAAUGAUCAUCGAGGGAUCUCCUACUUUCCGAUAUACAAUAUAA